CCUGGGCGCUCGUGACCCGGGAGAUGUGGGCCGCCUGCGCCUCGUCGUGUCGCGGCCCCGGUUCCACGACCAGCCGGGCAUCCACCCAAGUCCCGCAGCUCCCGCCCCACGUCCCUGCCAACCUCUGGGACCCGCUGCCGAAGGAGCAGGAGACGUUCGCCAAACUGCUGACCCCAAAUGUGCUGCUGAGAAAUGAGACCUUGAGCUGGUACAGCCAGCCGGGGCUGAAAGGGGUGUACCUGUCUCCCGGCCUGAACUACAGUGAGGACACACGGGAGCUGGUGAUGGCCCAGGACGGGGCCUACUAUGUCUUCUUGCAACUGGAGCUACAGCGCAAGGCCACCCUCCAGAACGGGGGCGAGGUCUCCCUCACUCUGCUCCUGCAGCCUCCACAAGUUGGGGCCGCGGCCCUGGGCCUGACCGUGCAUCUGCCUUGCUCCUCCGAGUCCAGAAACUCUGCUGGAGGAUUCCGGGGUGGCUUGCUGCACCUCAGUGCCGGCCAGAGACUGAGCGUCCGCCUGAGUGUCCACCUGCAUGGGAAGGCCAACGCGCAGGAUGCCUGGCAGUUGGCCCAGGGUGGCACAGCCUUGGGACUUUUCCGCAUGACCACGAAAGUGCCAGAUGGAUUCUUUUAGUCAUUACCCAAGUGAUGUGGGUUUGGGCACUGCCUACCUGGACAGACACAUCCUGCCCUUCUUCCUUUCUUGUGGCCCCUUGUGCCGGGAGCUGGUCUGCUCUACCUCACCCCACUGGGCAGGGGUUGCUGGUGCUGAUGUCUCCUCAGGACUCUCCCCACCCACUCCUGCUCCAAGUUGGUAUUUAUUUUGAGCCUGAGCUCAGGUACUAUGUUUUAUAUUAAUUCAUUAUACUUCAUUUAUAUUUAUUGAACAUCUAUUAUGUACCAGACAGGUGCUGGGAAGACAUUAAAAAAAAAGAUUAAAAAAAUCCUUAUUUAUGUUUAUGUGGAAGAAAUAAAUAUCCAC